AUGGCCGCUGUUCCAAUGGAGUCGUGGAUGCGAACAAGAGCGAGCGCAAAGCCAACUGUUCUUGUUAGUGAUGACGGUGUUUCGUUGCCAUCUAGAGAAAAUGUCUCGAGAGUUGAUGUAGAGGUGUGCGCUUUGAGUAUCGAACAGACUAACCACGGAGCCCCAACUUUAACGGGCGGUUUGCCAGUCACGUCGGGUAAAGACGAACUGAUGAAUUUGUCUGUCAAGGUGCUAACCACAAACACAACCACGUCAAGUUCGUUAGCUCUAGAACGUGAGCAAUUGGAGAAACGCAGAAAGCAGCUUGACACUGCAAAUGCCGUGGCAGCAAUGAAUACCAGAUUAAGUCAGCUAGGCCUUCUGAAAUCUGUCACAAAAGCGACUUCUACGCAGGUAAAAUUUAAAUUCCCUUCACCUGUUAAACAACAGCAAGAUUCAGAAACCUCCGAAGCCAGUAAAUCCCCAGAAUGUCAAGCUGGGAAUUCUGCUAUCUCGGACCGCGACGGUAGCAGCUCGAAGUCUUCUCAAAUGGAGAAACUCACAUCCUCCAACAGUGACGCUGAGAGCCUUCCAGCUCAAGAGGCUUUGCACGCUAUCCCUGACACUAAUACCGACAGAUCACCUGAGGCGGUAAAAUUUAUUGUCUCUAGCGGCGAUACUGACGAGUCGACACCAGCUCAAGCAAAUAAACCAGACCCCAGUAGCGAAGAUGCCGGCAAACUCACUGAUGAUUUGGUAUCUAAAGCACUGCGGAAACUGAACGAUGAAGAACACUCACCCCCAUUCCCAGUAGGUGUGGGCGUGGCUGACUCGUUGAGUGUGCAUAUUAAUGGAUACGGUUCUCAUGGCAAGAAUAGUGACGAUAAGUGUGAUGAAGGAAAGACCCAGCUGAAUGCCGUACCACAAGUGGAGGUUGAUGUGUCCUUGAGCUCGUUUACAAGUGGAUUUGUGGCCCCCAGUGGGAGUUCUCAUGAGGUUGCCACGGAAAAAAUUGCUUUGAGUGAACCGGUUGCAUCGUCCUUGAGCGUAUUCACGGCGGGAUACCAAGCGGAGACGGAAAUAUCACACUCUGAUGCCCUGUCAGUCGUUAAACCAAACGACUCCGUAGCUAUAGUUGAAGACCCGCGGCAAAUUCCAGUCGAUGUGUCGUUGAGUACAUUUACCAGCGGGUAUGACACGGUGAAAGAAAAUGUGACUAAGAGAAUCAGUGACACGAAAGAAGGUGUACGACCACCGACUGUGGCAUCGGGUGCGUUUAAUCCUAAGUAUUUAAGUCGAUUCGAGCGCUAACUACUAACAAAUGGCGAGGCACGUACAGAUGAUACUCAGGAGUCAGCUGCAGCGGAAAUCUUAGCCAAUUUGUGCCAGCCACUGGACGAUGCUGCAAACAGUUUAGGUAAGAUGACGUCAGGUCAAGAACACAUUACAAGUACUCCAAACUUGCUGGAGAUCCAGAAUCUCAUCAAGACAUUGCGAUCGGCCAUCACCGCCACGUUGAAGAAUUGAAAAUGUGAAAUAUCGCCAAUGUAAUG